AUGCUAGGCCAAACUGUUCUCAGCGCCGCAACAUGCGUCAUUGGCUUUGCUCGCAAUUGCUGGUUUCCCCGUACUUUCUCCAUAGCCCCUCAGCCCCAGGAUGGAGUGGCUUCCUACAUAACCAAGGGAUCCGAGGGGCCUUGGGAUGGGCCCAAGUCAAGCUUGAUUAACUCGACCAAUUUUGAAUGGUGGUACUUCGAUGCAGCCUCCCGCAGUGGAGAUCAAGGAGUCGCCGUGUGGUUCAUGAAUUCGAACCCGGCUCGUUUCGGUCUCGACCUGCCGACAUCUAACUGGUUCAUAUUUCACGCGCGCUUUGCUGACGGCGAGGGAAUGGACUUGGUAGUCCCGGCCGAAUCUGCCGUCAUAAACACAUUUGGUGAAGGCUCCACAGGUUUGUGGGAGGGAACAGGAUCAGGCUGGGCCGGAGCAACGGAUCUAUCCAAGUUCACCAUAUCGUUUGAUAUGCCUGACAAGGGUAUCACCGGGGUAGUGGACGUGACUUCGACUGCACAGCCCCGAAGUGCUAUCCGUCUAGCUAAGGACUCGGAAGCUGAUCUGAUGAACAUCGGAGGCAUGGGUUGGGCCAUUGGAGCUCCAUCUGGCAAGGCCAUAGCCCAUGUAACCGUCGGAGACAAGAAAGUUUCAUUUACUGAUGGCCGUGGCUAUCAUGACCAUAACUGGGGCAGCAGCCUGCCUGCUUGGCUUAACUGGUAUGCAAUUAGUGCCGAAGUUGGCCCAUUUGUAUGGACCGCCAUUGAAGCUUACAAGGGGGAAGAGGGAGGAUACUUCAAGAAUUCAUGGUUGUCCCUGAAUGGGAAUAUCAUACUUGCAAGCUUUGACGAGGACAGCCUCUUCGUCCGCCCUUGGGGAAACGGGGCUGAGUAUCCUCCGAAGGGCUUCGAUCCACAGCCUCUGGGUGUCACCAUUUCCUUUGACGCAGGGAUCCACGGAAAAUAUGAGUUCAAUUUGACUAGCCAUGGCAAUUCGCCUGGCUUGCCUAUUGGCAAGGGCCUAGCUAAAUGGUUCGGUUCAAUCGAAGGCGGAAAGGUGGGCGGAGACAACUAUCACGGAGUGGGUAUGUUCGAAUGGCUUGAUCUUGCAAUAUAG